AGCCUCUGGCAGCAGACUGUCUGUCAGUGCGGGCGCUGAAACAUAAAACCUUUCUUGGAAACAGAUUCCCGGAAUAUCCGUCAGUCAAACUAGAGCUGUUUCUGUGCACCAGUUUACUGAAUAAAGAGCAGCAGCUCCGCUCCUCCGACACAUUUUACUGAACACAACUAGACUUGUGCAUGAACUGGAAAUUCUGCCUCAUUUUCAUCACUUUGUCAUGACAACGGAUAGGCUUUUUUGCUUUUAUUCGACACUAUUCAGCAUUUGAGAAUUAAUUAUUUACUGCGAGACCCCCAGGUUUUCCGUCUGCACUUCUUCUCCAGCUGGAAAAUAAACCGGACGUAUUCCAUAUGAUUUUUCUGGAUCUAAGCAGGGCUGUUGUUGAUCAGAAAUGGUUGCACGAGCAGUAACCGUUUUCCAUCAUGAAGAGCGAGGAGCUUCCUGUCACCCACAUCCUUCUCCUCCACCCUGGGACCCAGCACAGGACCUCUGCUGCAUCACCACCAACUUCCAGUAUCUGCAGACCUCAGGAUGGUACUGGGGUUCCAUCUCAGCGGGCGAGGCUCGAGAUGCUCUCCUGACAAAAGCUGAAGGAACGUUCCUGGUCCGGGACAGUAGUCAUCCUCAGUACAUACUGGCUCUGUCUGUGAAGACCCGCUUUGGACCCACCAGCAUUCGCAUAGAGUACAGCAGAGGAUCCUUCUGGUUGGACUCUAUUUCCCCUGGAGCUUCUCAUCUCCAAGCCUUCCCAGAUGUUCUCAGCCUCAUUCAGCACUACACAGACUCUGAUAUCAGGUCAUCGGACCAGAGAGCCAACGAGGACAGUAUUCAGCACAAAUCAAAUCCUGACCCUGCCCAGUCCUCAGCUAAGGACGGUGGAGUUCCUCUAAAGCUGAAGCUCCCUUUGCACAAACCUGAGGCCUUCCCUUCUUUGCAGCACAUUACACGUCUCACCAUCAACAGACACACAAACUGCCCUGACCAGCUGCCACUCCCAAAGCCGCUGCUUCACUACCUGCAGGACUACCCGUUUCACAUAUGAGGGUCUUCAUCCCUCAGGACUCACAUGGGUGAGGGUCACACUCCAUGACUAUACACACCACUCAACAGAGAACAGUGCAGAUGGAGAAUGUUGCCAUUACUUUUCUAAAUAUCAGUGGAUCCUACCACUCAGUCUUCCUACCGUGAUGCUGCUGGUCUCCAUAAUAUAAUAUUGUUUAAUAAUUUUGUUAUGACUUUUUAAAGGUCUGUGUGUAAUAAUUAGUAGUGAAAUUGCAGGUUACAACCAACUGAAACCCACCUACACAAAAUACGUAUUGCAAAUUUUUAGACAAUUGGGAACAUUCAGUGCAAACUGAUGUUACUUUCCAUCCAGUGGUAUUACAUGAAUAUUAACCCAUAAAGACUUAGAGCUAUUUUUGUGUUGAAUGAAUUUUUCUCUACAUUUGAUCAUUUCCAAGUGAUUUAUUGCCAUACUUUACAAUAUUCUCCUUGCAUUUUUGAAGUGAAUAUCAGGUAGUUUUUUGUAUUUAAUUUACUGACAAUGUAGAUGUUCAUAAAAACUUGGUAAAUUCAAAGGUUAUUAUGUCAAAAAGAAGAAACUUUUUAGAAAACAUGACAUUUUCAGCAAAAUAUAUAAUGAACUUUACAUUUAAAAAAAAAAAGCAUCUACAACCGUUGUCAUUUGACAAACUAUAUUCGUUUGUCGUCAUGGUUUUGCCCAUUAGUUGUGGUGUGUUAUACAGUAACAUGCAACCUGAACCUUUGAUUGAGGAACUGACAGACUAACAUAUUUGGAGAAAAAUCUGAAGCUGGCUUUAUCUUUUAUGUCACGAACCGCUGGUCUGGAUCAUGUAACCUCAAAGGCUUUUGUCAUUUCUGCAGCUCUGCAUUCAGUACAUUGUGGCAUUUUCCUAUAGUAAUGUAGAAUUUAUGUUCACUGAAUGUUUCAGUUUCCUUAAUGAGCCACACAUGCAGUCCUUUUUCACAUUUACUUUUUACUGAUAAAUAAUUUUUCCUCUGCUAUCAAGAGUUUAAACUUUUUUGGAGGCAACAUUUCCAGUCUUUUUAAAAUGUUCAAACAACUGCAUGAAAAUAUUUUUUGUCUGUUCCAUUUUUUAGUUAUGGGAAUUAUAAUUUCAGUCAUAGUAGCUUAUUGUAAUACACCUUAAUGCUGAAUCCACCCACCAUAAAAUAGGAAUAAGACGAAGAGGACUCCUUUCAGACCAUCUAUAGAAACACACUGGUUCAACAUGGCAAAAAUGUUGCCUUGCAACAAAAGCAAUUUUCAUUUUCAUAUAAAAAAUGAAAACAUACAGUAUUUAUGAAUAUUCUAUUCUAUUUAUACACCUAGAUUGCCCUUAAUCCCCUUGAGUGUUACAUAUUGGACCUUUCAACUGUUCAGAGUUUGUAAAAUGCCAACAUCUGUUUUAUUUCUUUUUUGUUGCCCCCAUUUAACCCCAGUAACAAGCAAGGAUAUUGGUUUUUGCAUGUUCAGGGGCCCCAAAGGUUUUUACAUAUUUCAGCAACUACUUAUCAAUAAUAAAUCAGAUAAGAAUAGAGCAACAUUAGAAAUAAUGUUGUGUUCAGAGCUCUAUUUAUGCUUGGUUUAGAGUCAUGAACUUAGAACAGGGUGAAGAGUGUUUAACAAUGCAAGUUAAUUCAAUCAUCAUUAAAUAAUGAACCUGAUGACCUGUGGUUAAUUCACAUAUAUAAGAUAUCAUAAGAGUUGCAAAGGUCUAGGCCACAGUGUUUUCAUCACAACAUCUCAAAAGACGUGUUGACGCCAUAUAUGAUCAGUCAGUUUGGUUCUGGCUGUAGUGACUCUACCUGCUUUUUUGUGUUGAUUCAACAUGUUCAAAGCCAAUUACAAUAUGAUUAAGAUUCUGAACAUUUGAAUCUGGUUUGUUGUAAUUAUUAUUAUUGAGGUUAAACUUGACAUGUGGACCCAUAAUUAUAAAGAUAACAUGAAGAAGAAGUGCAUUGUGUUUAUUCUGUUUUCUAAAUAAUGAAUAAUUAUCCCAUGUAAGAUAUCUGUAAUUCAAAGAUGUGAAACAUACAAAAAAUAAUUACAUUUAUGAAUACUUUGUGGAAAACCAUUAAAGGAAAUUUAUUCUCA